UUAAUAUGUACAACAGAAAUAAAAUUAUCCGUGGACUCUGGCUCAAAGUAAUGGGCCUGCGUGAAGGAAAUAUAAAAAAUUUAUUGGAAAGAUUGGUACGAGUUGUAGCAGGGAGAAGUUAUUGUGUAGAACUGAGAGUCCAGUUUGGUACUAUCUAUCUGCAUUUUCUCCGUUUGUCGUUAAAGAAACCCAACAAUAUAUACCACAUACCCUCGUUCACCGAUCAAAGAUUUAAUCAACAUAAUUCCCUAUAUACUAAUUGAGGAUCAUUUAAAAAAUUGUAAUCUUAAAUUUGUACUAAUUAAAAAGAGAUUCUGCUUAGGUGUCAAUUAAUUAAAAUGUCAAUUAGCUUACGUGGCAACUUAAAAUUCAAUUGAAAAAAUGUUGGUCCAAAUCCAAUUAUUAAAAAACAUUAUAUUAACCCAUAAUAUAAGAGACAAGUAUUUUUUCCUUUAAAUAAAAACUACAAAAUUACCUAAUAUGAAUAACAUUUAUAUGAUAAAUAAUGACUAUGAAUAAUAAAUAUUUGAUAACAAUUUUUGUACCAUUAUUCAUUUUUGUUUAAUUUUAUAUUAUUAAAAAAUUAAACAAUCACAUUAACCAUAUAAUAAAAAAUAAAGUUUUUCUUGUAUGUUAUAUUUUGAAUUUUUUAAAACGACUUUAAAUUACAAUAAUUGAGGGAACCUUAUAUAUUAUAUUUUUCUUAUAUAUUAGAUUUUUUCUUAUAUGUUAUAUUUUAAAUUUUUAAACAAGAUUUUAAAUUACAAAAAUAUAAGUUUUUCUUAAGCAUACGACUAAAAUGAUUGAAAUGAUAUGUAUCAAUUAGAUGGUUGAUAUGAAACCUUUCAAAACCAUAUGGAAGAUAAAUGUCAAAAUAGUUUAAUUGUAUAAACAAUAAUGUUCACUUUUUUCAAGAAUGUGUUCGGUGGAAAAUACAAGGUUUUUGUAUCAUAAUUUGUUUAAUGUCCAAUCCGAUCAAUCCAAAAUAUACUAAUUAUAGUUUAGUUCCACAAUUUUAAUAAAAAUUGAUUCAAUCCAUCGGAAAGAAAUUAUAUAAUAAUAACAAAAAAAAUAUUGUAUAUGUAUAAAUAAAAUGAUCAAAUAUAAAAAAAAAAUAUAAUAAAUAAAUUUACCUUGCGCAAGACGCAUGUCUUAUUCUAGUCGUAUAAUAAAACUCGGAAUUAUUCAGUCCUAGUUCAGUAGAGUCAAAACACCCCCCCAAAAAAUGCGUCUAUAAUCAAGCCACUAUUUACUCACGGAUCUAUUUGGAAACUGUUGCAUAGGGUUCUCAGGCUUUUGAGCGACCUACCCAAUAUAGAAGUCUUAAAUCUUGUUUUUUUAAUUUUUUUUUGAAAUCUCCUCUUAAAUACUAUGGAUGGAAGUGCUCUAAAGUGUGUUUGUUUGUUAGUUAUUUGAUUUUUAUGGAGAACUAUUCUUCAAAUCAAUGGCACACGAAUUAACUACUAGUUACCAUCACGGAAGGUACUAUUGUCACACUCUAAAAAUCAGUACGAAGACAAGCAUUUUAAAAGCUAGGAAGAUGAAUCUAAGCCUAGAAACACGUGGCUCACAUCAGCUCUCACAUGAUUUCUUUUCCUUUUACUAUCAGAAGGGGUAAAAACGAGAGCAAACGAUUCCUUCUAUGCACAUUGAAGAAAGUAAAAGUGCAAACAACAUGAAAAAGAUAAAAUAACAGAAUAAAUAAAACACUUUUUCUUUUUCAAAUUUUCUGCAAAGACCAUCAAUAAUGACACAUUUGGAAUUUCAUUGGAGACUACGUCCUUAAGGUCCACAAAAUAUCCAUUCAAUGCACGCACUUUUGAGAAGAGAGACUGCUUCAAAAGAAUAAAAAGGACGGUUUGAUUCUCACUUGGAAACAGCUAUAAUAACGAGGCAACAUAAUUAUUAACUCAAGUUAUUUUUUCGAAUUCCCUAGUUCCAUGGCGACGUUGGAGAGAUUCAAGUUCCUAGCGACGCAUUGUGAAGUUCCACAGAGCCCGACACGAAGUCCAAGCCCUAGGACAAGUCCUUUGGUACAGUUUCGUCCUAAGAAGACAACCUUAAAGAUGCUUCUCAGUCUUAUACCGCCGAGCCGUCGAGAGCAGCCGCUGAUUCAUCAGGCUCGUUCAUUAGCAGCUGAUAAAGACGUAGCUGGACGCAAACUGAGAGACUUAUUCGUUUCUUCGUCUCCUGUAGAGGAAGAAGAAGUGAAGGAGAGACCCAAGGGGAAAACAAAAGAAGAAGUUCUUGCAGCCAAUGCAGCUAAGUUGAACGCACCUGCUAGUUCACAACCGGUUUGGUUGGGAAUCAGCAAGCGGCUUCUCCAGCGAGCUUGGCGUCCUAAGCUUGGUACCAUUCCUGAGUAAAUGUAUAACCCAAUUUUCUUGUCUUUCUUAUGUGACAUUGAAAACCAAUUUGGAAACCAUGAGCUUCCUAUAUGAACAAAAUAUAGUUCUGCUUUUAUCAAAUUUCGUAUCAUGGGAACAAAUCUUUGUUUUAAUUCCUAACAAAGAUAAACAAAUCAUUGACAAAAAAAAAGGUGAAGCUUUUGUGCUCUAUUUGCUUCCAAAAGGAUUACAAAGUCUUUGAGUUAUUCACGUUUAACUAAACUCUCUGCUUUCAUGAUAAGAUCAUAACAAGAAUCAUGAGAUCGUGUGUUCUCCACUUGUUUACCAUGUUCCAUAUUUGUUUAGUUGUGACAAUUAUUUACUUGCCAUCUUUUGUUUAUUUAAAUGAUCGAGUGUUUUAUUCAAGGGGAAUGAAAAAAAAAUUGAAGUAAAUGGUUUCUUAGAAUAUGAUUAACCCGGGGUUUUUAGGAUGUGGUUCUUAGCGGAAGUUAAAAAACUGUUUCUUAACUUUUAACUAAAAAAAAGUAAGAACUGGUUUUUAAAUAAGGACUUUAAGAACCGGUUCUUAGCUUUUUUUAGUUAAAAGUUAAGAAACAAUUUCUUAACUUCCGCUAAGAACCCCACUCUAAGAAUUCCGGGUUAAUCAUGGUCUCAAGUCUUUGGGAUCUAUCAUUUCAUAGCUUCGGCUUUCCUGGUGCAAACCAUAAACCUCAACAUUGAUGUUUUUGGCUUUUGUCAUUGAAUAUUUUAUGGAUCAUCUAAUAUAGUUUAAAAAGUCGAACAUCAUGUUUGUAGUUUCUCAAAUUUGAGAGUCAUAGCAAACAUUGGCAAAGAUUGUGUUGUGAACCAGAUGAAUAACAUGUUUUUGAAAUAUAUCUAGAGGAGAGUAGAAGAUGUAAGAAAAUAUUCAGCAUUUUCGUGAUCACACAUGAACCUUAAACAGAUAAACUCAAAAUACAAGGAUAAACAUAUUUGCACGCGGUGUUCGGAGUCAAUGGUCUCAUGGACACAUAGUUCUUGAUUUGGUUUUUGAUUGAAUCUAUUUUAUGGAUGACAAAAAAGGUGACCAAAACAAUAUUCCAUAAUAAAAAAAACAGAUUACCAGGCUACGACUUGUUGGUUAUACAGUGAUAAACAAGAUAUUAGUACUUGCUUCAAUUACAAAACUAACAUGCUCAUUACCUUAUGCACAAAGUUAAGUUAGAAGGCAAUAUGUAUAAUUAACCUUAAUAAAACCCCCUAAUAAAUAAAUAAAAUCUGUAAUGCAAGUAAGCCCAGAAUUAUAACUGUAAACGGUGAGGCCCAUGCUAAACCCGAGCUAUGAUCUCGUGAGAUUAGGCGGUGGGUUAAGAUCAACGGCUGUGACAGUAUCAAACAAUCGGACGGUUGAUAUGCUUUAUCACUCGCAUAUAAAAAGAAAACUUCCUUCUCCGUUCUCUCUUUGCAGCAUAGCAUCCACAACAAAUAUCGAAAGCAAGAGAGAAGAUAUACAUAGAGAGAGACUAGAGAGAAGACGAUCAAUGGUGUUACCUGGUGAGGGAGACCGGAAGCAUGAGAGACCGACGAAGAAGGCUCUCCACAAUUUCAGGUUCCCGCACUUGAAUUGGGGAACUCAGCAAACUAUGAGGUGCGUGAAGGUCGAACCUCACGGUGGCUCCGGCGGCGAGGAAGGGAUCGAGGAGUUUAGGGAGAAGAUGAUGUCGGACAUCAGAACGGUGAGAGAAUCUAUAUUUAGACAACACAAAGAGGAGGAAGAGGACACGAAGGAGAAAGAUGAAGCAGAACAGCCGAAGAAGGAGACGGAGACGGAGAGGGAGGUGUCUCCGCCGGAAGAGACGGCGGAGGUGAAGAGGUGGAACUUAAGAAAGAGAAGAGGAGACUGUGAGGAUUCGUUUAUAGGAUUAGGGUUUGGGUUUGUGGAGGAGGAGAAAGUGAAUACGUCGAUAAGGUGCAAGUUCAUCUUGUCGCUGACGAAGAAAGAGGUGGAAGAUGAUAUGAUUAAGAUGGGUAAAGCACCACUGCGACGACCCAAGAAACGUCCCAAAGCGCUUCAGAAAAAGAUCAAUGUAUGUCCAACUCUUCUUCUUUGAUACAGUUUUUUCGAAUUUUGGUUUUUAUUUUUUAAUCUUUGCUUUUUUUGUUUACAUGGCUACAGUUGCUGCAUCCAGGUUUUUAUUUUAGUGAGGAAGUUACUGAAGAUAUCUACCAUGUCUCGGAUGCCGCCGAGAAGGGGAAGGUAACAUCUUUCAUAAUCCCAUGAUUUUAUUUUUUUGACCUAUUUCGUAUUGUAACUAAUCAUGCAUAUUUGUUUACUAAUUCUGUAGAGAUGAUGGUGACGAUGAUGAUGGAUGGUUCUAGUUGAGGUUUUUUUUUUGCUGACUUAUGGAGUUUCUUGAAGUUGGAGUGUGAUCAUAUGAUUGAUAUCAGAAAGUUGAAGCCUAAGAUGCUUUUCUCAGUUUUGUUUUUUUAGCUUUUCUUUUGUUAGAAUUUGAUUUUGGGAGAAGUAUGUAGGUUCUGAUGUAGUUUGAAUAUUCUCUUUUUUUUUUUUUUCAGUAAAUCAGCAAACGAACAACCUAAAAUAGAGGAUUUAACAUUUUCACCAAA